AUGGCUCCCAAGAAGCCGUUCUGCCUUCUCUCCCUGCUGCUGCUGCUCCUGACGCUACUGCUACCCCAGGCAGACACUCGGUCCUUCGUAAUAGAUCGGGAACACGAUACAUUCCUUCUGGACGGGGCUCCGUUCCGCUAUGUGUCUGGCAGUCUGCACUACUUUCGGGUACCUCGCGUGCUUUGGGCUGACCGGCUUUUCAAGAUGCAAAUGAGUGGCCUCAACGCAGUACAGCUUUAUGUACCCUGGAACUACCAUGAGCCAGAGCCUGGGGUCUAUAACUUUAAUGGCAGCCGGGAUCUCAUUGCAUUUCUGAAAGAGGCAUCUGUAGCGAACCUGUUGGUCAUACUGAGACCAGGACCUUACAUCUGUGCAGAGUGGGAGAUGGGGGGUCUCCCAGCCUGGUUGCUUCGUAAACCUAAUAUUCAUCUAAGAACUUCAGAUCCAGACUUCCUUGCUGCAGUGGACUCCUGGUUCAAGGUCUUGCUGCCCAAGAUACAUCCAUGGCUCUACCACAAUGGGGGCAACAUCAUUAGCAUUCAGGUGGAAAAUGAAUAUGGUAGCUAUCAAGCCUGCGACUUUGACUACAUGAAGCACCUGGCUGGACUCUUCCGUGCACUACUAGGAGAGGAGAUUUUGCUCUUCACUACAGAUGGGCCACAGGGACUCAAAUGUGGCUCCCUCAAGGGACUUUAUGCCACUGUAGACUUUGGCCCAGCUGACAACAUGACCAAAAUCUUUGCCCUGCAAAGGAAAUAUGAACCUCACGGGCCACUGGUGAACUCUGAGUACUACACAGGCUGGCUGGAUUACUGGGGCCAGAAUCACUCCACACGGUCCAUUAAAGAUGUAACCAGAGGACUAGAGAAAAUGCUGGAUAUGGGAGCCAGUGUGAACAUGUACAUGUUUCAUGGAGGUACCAACUUUGGAUACUGGAAUGGUGCUGAUGAGAAGGGACACUUCCUUCCAAUUACUACCAGCUAUGACUACGAUGCACCGAUAUCUGAAGCAGGGGAUGUCACAUUCAAGCUUUUUGCUCUUCGAGAUGUCAUCAGCCAGUUCCAGGAAAUUCCCUUGGGACCUUUACCUCCCCCCAGCCCCAAGAUGAUGCUUGGACCUUUGACCCUACACCCGGAUGGAUAUUUGCUAGAUUUCCUGCACUUACUGUGCCCCCAAGGGCCCAUCCAUUCAAUCUUGCCAAUGACUUUUGAAGCUGUCAAGCAGGACCGUGGUUUUAUGUUGUACCGGACCUAUCUAACUCAAACUGUUUUUGAGCCAACACAAUUCUGGGUGCCAAACAACGGAAUACAUGACCGUGCCUACGUGAUGGUGGAUGGGGUGUUUCAGGGUGUUUUGGAACGAAACACGAAACGAAAAGUAUUUUUGACGGGGAAAAUGGGGGCCAAACUGGAUGUCUUGCUGGAGAACAUGGGGAGGCUCAGUUUCGGGUCUAACUACAGUGACUUCAAGGGCCUAUUGCAGGCACCACUUCUGGGGCAAACAAUCCUUACCCAAUGGCUGAUAUUCCCUCUGAAAGUUGAUAAACUUGUAAAGAGGUGGUUUCCCCUCCAAUUGCUGAAAAACUCACGAACUCAAACUCCCUCUGGCCCCAUCUUCUAUUCCACAACGUUUCCAAUUUUAGACUCAGUCAAAGACACAUUUCUCUUUCUACCUGAAUGGACCAAGGGUCAAGUCUGGAUCAAUGGGUUUAACUUGGGCCGAUACUGGACAAAGAGAGGGCCACAACAGACCCUCUAUGUGCCAGGACCUUUGCUGUUUCCUGGGGGAGUUCUCAACAAAAUCACAUUGCUUGAACUAGAAAAUGUGCCUCCCCGACCCCAAAUCCAAUUUCUGGAUAGUCCUAUCCUCAAUAGCACCUUGCAUAAGACAUACAUCUAUUCCCUCUCAGCUGAUACACAAAGUAACUCUGAACCAAUGGAGUUAAGUGGGCACUGA